AUGGCGAAGUUCCGGCCCGUGGACCCAUCGGCCCCUCCCGCCAGGGACCGGCAGCCGAUGCAGACGAGCGAUGGCGCUGCCAUGACGGGUGACCGACGUGGGGCAGACUCUUGGGCGAUGGUUCAUGGUGGCGAUGAGUUUGGGAAGUCGUCUGCAAUAUCCUCGCAAGCUAUCGAAGCCACCGUCAAGCAGGACGAACCAGAGGAGGCUGUCGCCAUCCCGACACCCAUCGGCUGUUGGAAGGUCAUCUCGCCUGACGGUCGUGAAGAGCGCGUCUUUAAGCCAAUCCCCGGCUUCGAACAUCUAUUCAACGGCCCAGCACAGUUGCAGGAACCUCCCCAUCCGGCAGAAUCGCCUAGGGCUGUUGCGACGCCAGUCUGCCAGUCUAUCGUAUCCCAGGUACCGGCUCUGUUGAGAGAACGCCAGACUAAGAAGCGUAAGAGAACUCGGUCACAAGCAAGAGGACGCCUGAGUCGAACCGUGGCUCGGCAGCCUAGCGACGACGGGAAUGACGAACAAUGCGACGACAGAGAUGUCAGUGUGCCAGCCGCAAAGUCUCACACCUUCUACAUUGGCGACGUGAAAGAGCUCAAGCGCUUCUUCCGAAAACGGCUGGACGAACUUACCAUGAAGCCAGUACGGCCUAUCGUCACGGCUUGGGUCAAGCUACUGGAGCCGAAGCGUUUGACCCGGUUCGGCCCAUAUCACAAGAAGUUGCCUAAUGAACAGCCUCAGAAAUGUACCCCACCUUGGUGGCCCCGGGAUGUGCCCUAUGAAGAGCCCUCUCACCUGGACAAAGAUGGACUCUUGACAUUAGCAGUCGAUCUCAUGCUCCAGCACCGCAAUAUCGACGUGGGCAAGCGUAACAUGGACUGGGUCACCAGGCUCAGGAAUGCAGCGCACUAUGCCGUAGAAACAACACCACCGGAUCAGUUCUCCUCGUCCAAAGGUUCUGCGUUUAGUGAGAGGAUGCAAGGGCGAGCUCUGGGCGACAUCAUACCGAAUCUUUUCGACAUCGCACUAUCAUACCAGGAACAUUUUGCGAGGUAUACCCUCUAUGAAGGUACAAACAAUCGGGAUCCUGGUAUAGGCAUACAUGUGACCUGGCAGCCACUUACGAGACCACCACGGCAGGCUCCCGCCCCUAGGAAGCGUGUUCGACAGACCAGGACAAGGCCAGCAUCAAGAACAGCGUAUGACGCCCACGAAUCUGGCCACGACACCGGGGUCGACAACACCGCAACCGAGUCGCAUGUGCGAAUAGAGGGACAGGUUCGAGAGCCGCGACAACAGGCGCAAGCUCCAAGUCAUGGAGAUCCAGCUCCGCACCUACAACACAUGCAUGUGGGCAGCUCCACAACACUCAACUCUUCCUUUGGUCAGUCGAUGCACGCUUGUCACGUGGGCGACAACAUGGAUUUGGACGUCAAGCUGGCCGACCAUGUACCGUACCAGGGUCGGUUUUCAUGCCACAGUAACUUUGAUUACGACAAAUCAAUGCAGUACCCAAACGGUCUUCCAAGUUACCAUCAUAUCCCACAGCCCCAACAGGGUGUCCGCCGAUCCGACAUAAUCCCAGCGACCACAUCUGGAUACGAGCAGCCGUUCUCCAUGUUCCCAGCCUACCAUCCUCAAGCUGAAAUUUCAACGUUCGAAAGCAGCGCUGGAUUUCCUGUUUAUCAUGACGUGUUUGUCCCGCGAUUCUUCGAUGGUUUACCUACUGUGAACAGCAUCAGCUGUCAACCAGAAGCUUCUCUCUAUUAA